AUAUUUAUGAAACAUACAUAUAUGUGUGACAGAAAAUAUGAUAAAUGAAUGGAUCAUUUUGAAUGUGAUACUUCAAAGUAGUGAAGAUUUUCACAAUUUCAAAGCUUUGAUCAAUAAGCCAUGUGCAAGUCCUUAAUGUACAUAUUGUAGACAUUUGUACUUACACUUUAGCCCACAUGUGCCAAAACAUUCAGUUUGAUUGAAUGGAUGAGAAAUUUAAAACAAACUAAUUGUUUGGAGAGUAGAACUUACUAUUUAUGAUUUACUAUUCUCAUUCAAGAAGUGAGCUAAAGCGAAGAAGCACUUCAACAAAACACUCUUUUGAGUAGUUUGCUAUGUUCAGAUGUUGGUAUUGGGACUGGGACAAAAAAGUUGUGACAAAGAUUGUCAGGGCCAUAGUUUGUUUGUUCUUCACUUCAUUGUAUGCUGUUCCAGGCAUUUUGUAAAGCAAUUUAAUUUGCCACCAAUGACUACAGCAUAAAAAGUUAUCAUACACUUGAACAAACAUCUUAAACCGCCCUCAAAACAAACUUAACAUUGUUUUAGCAGAUCGAUUUUGAGUUUCAUAUGCUCUGUGUCCGGAUUAAUGUAAACACAUGGGUAUAUCUUACCACAGUUUAUGGUGCUAUAGGGCUUGUCUUGCAUGGCUUGUAUGUUCAAAUUCAGAACACAAACAUGUGUUCGCACACCCCAAUAUUUAGUGUAUAUCUACACACAUAAAAUACAUAAUUUGUUGAUUAUGUCCAUAUUGUUGCCCAGUUUGUGGUAAUGUGAGCUACCUCUUCAAUAAUUUUCCAAAUAUUGGUUUUAAUAAGGUAGAAAGAGAUUUAAAGUGAAAAAAUAUUGAAGUUAUUAGUAUUAUUAUUAUUCAAAUACAUAGAGCGGCAGGGUCUAUUGAGACACAAUAAAGACCAAUUUCAGCAAAUACAAAUAAAGGUUAAAGCAACAUCUAUGUGAUAGAGAUUGAAGUAUAAGAUUCAUAAAAAUGUGAUUUAUUGCAGGGCUGUUUUUGUCUGUUGUAUCAAAUGGUUUUAUGCAGGUGUUUCUGUAUUUGCGUCCAUUAAAAAAAUGAUUUUUAAAAAAACCCCUCCUCCAGUUGAAUGAUGCGAUGGACACAAAAUCCAGUGUACAUCAUUUCUGUUUUGUGCUGGAUUGGUGUGGGUAACCUCUUCACCCCAAAUCCCUUUUCUUAUGCACACAAACAAAUAAGUCACUCUCACCUACAGAGUGUAAACAUAAUAAACAGAUGCUGUAAACAGAUAGUAACACUGUGAUUUCAUCAUUAAACUGGUGGACAUGUUUUUAUUACUACACGUUAUUUAUACCCUCACUAUACUGUAACUGUCCAGAUUUAACUGUCAGACCUGUUUCAUUUUUAUCAUGGUGGGAGGACCACGCUGCCCCUGUAUGUGGGUUGGAUUCUAUUCUGCAUUAGCUAUUAUUGUAUAACUAGUCAUUAUGCAAUUAUAAUCUUGUAUAACUCCUUUCGUUUUUCUGUGUUCCUCUAGUGUGUGUGCCCCCACUACCUGCAUUAGGUUGUGAUGACCCACACUACUUCCAAAUGUUUCUGUGACCCUCCCCAAUCCUGACUCCUAAUCUCUAAUCCCUGACCUUUGACCCCCACUAUGGGCAGUGUUGGCAGUGGGGUGGCAGGAGAGCAGGAGUUUGCCAUGAAGUCUGUGGGUACGAGGACCACCCUGCCCAGAGCCCCUCCUCUCUCUCGCCGUUGCCCUGCUGACCGCAGCUGCAGCGCAGAGCGACUGCCCCGCCCUCCGGCGACUAUAUCUGACGGGACGGCUUCUAGCGAUGAACGCGGGAGUGUUAGUAUUGGGACUGGGACCUGUACCGGAACUGACCGGCCCACCGAAACAGCCUCCUCCACCAACACUGAAUGUACCAUGACGGCCCCGUCCAACAACAACCAGUUGGAGUGUGGCAAUGGAGCAGGCAGGCGGGAGAGGGAGUGGGAAAGGGAGAGGGAAAGAGAGAGGCAGCGUGAGAGGGGGAGAGACAGGGACCGGGACCGAGACUGGGACAGAGAGAGGUUAGAGAGGGAGCGAGAGAGGGAGAGGAACCGGGAAAGAGAGCGGGAACGAGUGGAGAGGGAGAGGCUGGAGCGAGAGAGGGAGCGGGAGAGGGAGAGAGCCAGGGAGAGGGAAAGAGAGAGAAUUGAGAGGGAGAAGAUAGAAAGAGAGAGGGAGCGAGAGAGGGAAAGGGAGAGAGAGAGGGAACGAGAGAGACUGGAGAACGAGAGGUUGGAAAGAGAGAGAGAGAGGGAAAUGCAGGCUGCAGGGUUAGAUGUCUGUGGGAACAUUGUGGGACGAGGAGGAAAUGAGAAGAACAACGUUGGCAUGAACCAACACCAACACCAGCACAGAGAGAUGGCAGCCGCCAGAGCUGACAGUGACAACAACCCAGGCAGCCAUAACCCUCCAAGCCACAACCCACCCAAGAUCCUGCCAGUGUCGGGAAAACUGGAGCAGGCGAUGCAGAACAACUCAGGCCUUGUCCGUCCCUCUGCCUUCAAACCGGUGGUUCCCAAGAGCUUCCACUCCAUGCAGAACCUGGUGGGCCAGGCAGGAGGGGCUGGGAGCGAGGGCAAGACUGAGGCAAGGAGUGAAGGGUACGGUGAGAGCAGAGGAGGCAGGAGAGGCAGGGACGGAGCAGGAGGAGAAUCAGGAGAGGUCCCAGAGGCCCUGCUCCUGGACCAGGACAGCCCAGUGAGGGUCAGCAGAACUGAGGGCGGGGUAAAUGGUAAUGAAGUGGUUCAGGGAGGGAUGUCUGAUUCAGGGAGGAACUCCUUGACCAGCCUGCCCACCUAUACAGGCUCGGGGUCCGGUUGUGGGCCCCCAGCAGUCCUGGGGCCGCUCAGUGCUUCCACCAGCCACAUCAACAGGUUGGGCAUGGCUGGGGCAACUGCAGGCCUGGACAAGCUGGAAAAGCCUGGCUAUCAGAACGGGCUCAGCGCCUCAGACAGCGGUCGGUCUUCCUCAGGAAAGAGCUCCUCGUCCUAUCAGAGACUGAGCCACCUGAGUGAUGCCCCAGCACCUCUACGCCCCUCCCCCUCCUCCGAUGACAUCAUCCAGGACCUCGAGGACCGCUUGUGGGAGAAAGAGCAAGAGGUUCAGCACAUGCGCAGAAACCUGGACCAAAGUGAGGCAGCAAUCGUUCAGGUGUUUGAGGAGAAGCAACGUAUCUGGGAGCGACAGAUGGACGAGCUGAGACAGAACUACGCCUCGCGCCUACAGCAGGUUACCCGUCGUGCUCAGCGCUCCCAGACUGCCCUGCAGGCCCAGAUAGGCCGUCUGUCCCAGGACAAGAGGAGGCUCCAAGAGGAGAUGGCGGCUCUGUUGGCCCAGAGAGAGGAGCUAGAGAGAAAGUGUCUGGAUUACAGGAAGGAGCAGGCUGACAUCUUGCCUCGUCUGGAGGAGACCAAGUGGGAGGUGUGUCAGAAGGCAGGAGAGAUCUCCCUGCUGAAGCAGCAGCUGAGGGAGAGUCAGGCUGAAGUUACCCAGCGGGCUGGAGAGAUGGUGGCACUGAGAGGCCAGCUGAAGGAGCUCAACGCCCAGCUGAGGGAGCGGGAGGAGACCAUGCUGGGCCUGAAGGACUCCUAUAGCACCAAGAGUCUGGAGCUUGAGAAGUGUGAGGGAGAGCUGAGGAGAACUCUGUCAGAGGUGUCGAUCCUCAGAGAGAAGCUGGGCGUAUUUGAGGCAGAGGUGCUCAGCUUAAAGCGGGCUCUGAGUGAAGUGAGCAGAGGAGCAGAAGUUGUUGUGAGCCCGAACUUAGCAGCUGCAGGACUGUUGCCCCCCUGGGGAAUUGUCCACUGCACACGUAACCCCACUGAGCCCUCAACCAACUCUCUCACCCCCACAGCUGACACCCUGUUGAGUCUCCAGAGUGACGAAGCCAAAGCCCAAAGGCAGGAGGCUCAGAGACAGGAGAGGCAGCAACGUGAAGAAGCUCAAUGGCGUGACGUGCAGCAGCGGCAAGAAGCCCACAUGCAGCAGGACAUCCGAAUGCGUCAGGAUGCCACAAUCAGACCAGAAGCCCAACUCCGCCAGGAGGCCCAGCUUCGUCAGGAGGCUCAUCUCCGCCAUGAAGCCCAACUACGCCAAGAAGCACAGCUGCGGCAAGAGGUGCAGCUCCGUCAGGAGGCCCAGCUUUGCCAUGAGGCCCAAAUGCGCCAAGAGGCCCAGCUACGUCACGAAGCCCAACUCUGCCAGGAGGCACAACUGCGUCAGGAUGGCCACCAGGCACAGCGAGGCCAGGAGGGUCACUGGGACGAGGCAGGGGAGCUGCGCAGGCAACUAGAGCAGCUGCAGGCCGCUUUGCGUCUGGAGCGGCAACAACGGGAACGUCAGGCCCUCAACUUCGACCAGGAGCGACACACCUGGCAGGACGAGAAGGAACGGGUUUUGAAAUACCAGGCUCAGCUGCAGCUCAGCUAUGUGGAAACGCUGCAGAAGAACCAAGCUUUGGAAAAACGUAUGAGCCAGUUGGGAGCCAAACCAAACACAACGUCCACCACCACCACUAUCACCACUACCACCACCACCUCCCCCACCUCUUCCAAUUCUCCACCUCCAGCACCAGCCCUCUCACCCCUGUCUCCUCAGUCCCCACCCUCGCUCCCUGGCCCUAUUGCCCUCACCAUCUCUCCACCUUGUGAAGAUCAGAAAGGCCCUCCUUCUCUCCACCAGCUUGCCAAUCCCUGGGCAGGACCCUCACGUCUGGAGAGGAUAGAGUCCACUGAGAUAUAGAGACAGCUCCAUGACAAACUGUCCAGUUCAACACUCACACACAGGCCUCUCACACAAAACCACUUCAGCAUAAACAUUUCAGUCUACAAUAGAAUAAAUCACUACAGUCUGACAUACUUUUCAAAGCAACUGAAGACACUAAACAGCAACAAAGACCGACUGCAGAAUCCAACAUUAUCAGUAACAAACACAUCAUCUGAUUGGAAUUUGAACUUCAUUCAAUCUAUCAGUAUCUAUUAGUUCAACCUCCUGAGCAGCUUAUUUCUCUCUCUAGUUGCACACUACUACAUCCUACCUAAUCAGUGUUCAUGAGAAGUGUGCCACACUGAUGGAUGGCAGGAAAGUAAAAAAAAAAAAGUUAAAUGACAAUGUUUAGAUGACAGCACUAAUAGGGGGGUCAUUUAAUGCCCAUGCUAGAAAAGGACCAAGACAAUCAGGGAUAUUGUCAGAAAUGAUCAACGAGAAUAUUAUGCGGUAUUUAUUCAUUGUACGUCUGUGUCACUGGUAAUGUAAAAGUAGAAAUAGUGGUCAGAAUGUGUGAUGUUAACUUGCAUUUUUGGCCAGAGAGCGCCUUACUCCAUUCUUUCCAGCAUGUAUACAAGGGUUAUUUAUGCUGGGAAUCAAUUAAAAAAAAAAAUAGGAGUAUGAUUAUCAUUUUCAGUGCUUUAAUUAUAAUAUCAGCAAACAGUUUACACAACAGUGUUGUACAUGGCUGGACUAUUUCAUUUAAAUCCCAGCAGUUACAGACGGAUUCUUGAUUCAGUUUUCAAGUCAUUUCAUGCACAGGGUCCAACAUGAACAACCCAUUUAAACACAUCAUGGAGACCAACAGAGUUUAUAUUUUCUACAAAUUGAAUGAAAUAGAUAUGUUUAGUAGAUAAUGUACCCCGACUGAAUAUAGAAUAUGAUUUAAGACUUGGGAGAACCUGGUUCGUCUUCACUGCAGUGACUAAAAGCAAACACUAGAGGACGUUAGAUAGCUUUCACAACGCUUCCAACUCUAAUUUCUUCAUAUCCUACUACAAGGAGAAUAUGAAUGGGAGCACACAAUUUGAAUUUGGUUAUUAUGAUAAUUGUGUUGUGCAUUUACAGCCAAGAAACCUGAGAAAUCAGUCAGUAUCCCCAAAGUUAAAAAAUAAAAUUUAUAGAAUGUAUGAUAUACUAGAAAGAAAUACUUAUUAUAGUUAUAGAUUGUAAAUGUAUGUGUGUGUGUGUGUGUGUGUGGGUGUGUGUGUGUGUGUGUGUGUAUGUGUGUGUGUGUGUGUGUGUGUGAGUGUGUGUGUGUGUGUGUGUGAGAGAGAGAAAGAGAGAGAGAGCGGGUGUGUGUGCAUGUGUGUAUACAUAUGAAGAGCUUCAGCUUAUGAGAUUGAGGAUAGAGGGACUCGUGGCAAUACAGCAAGUGAAGAUACAUUUAGAGCAAAGGGAUGGGGGGGGGAUGCAUCAAAGCUUGAUACAAGGGCAGUGAGACUAAAAAUUCAAACCGAGGGAGUCUGUAUAGCCUGGAAAACUCUACUUUCUUCUGUACAUUUCAUUUAGACAAAGCAGGGGAGAAGGAAGUGAAAAAAAACAAUACAGAAAAAUGAAAGUUUGCCUCUUUGAAGGGAGCAUUCAGGCUAACUGCACUAUGUAGUGUCCGACACACAAGUUAUGAUGUACAGUAGACUCAGAUGUGAAUAUCAUGGCUUUUAUAUGUGUUGUUUAUGCCAGCAUACAAAGAUGUUGCUCAAGAAUAUUAACUUAUCUCUAAGGUAUUACAUAGUAUUAUCAUCUUUAUUACUGUUAUUAUAUUAUGGUGAACUGACAGAGAAAAUAUGUGCCAUUUGAGCUUUCCUUUAUGUGUUUUUUUAACUGUGUAGAUAGCCUAUUGGCCUACCAUAAUGGUGCAAUCAUAGCAACCCUGUCCAAAAAUGAUGUUCCUUUUGAUGUAGGUGAUAAAUGUAGUUACAAUAUUGCAUUGUUUAGAGAACAAAAUGCUACCAAUUUUAUACAUGUUUCAAAUCUAUUGUUUGCGUUUAUGUUACUAGUACUGUUCUGGCUUGAUUAAAACCACCCCUUUGUUAAAACUCAGCAGAACUAAUAAAGAUAUGUGAAUAAUUCA